UGGCCUUCUGAGCAUGAUUGUUGCUAGCUUGAGAUGAGCGAACUGGAGCUUUUCUUGCUGUGCCCACGGCCUUUUCCUUUCCCUUUCCACCAAGCCCAGAGCCAGCUCGUAAUCCAAGUGGCAUCCUUGGUGCUGUGCCACUAGUUGAUCUCCUAGCAGUUUGCUUGGUACGAGCCAUUUGCUAAUAUCAAGGUGAGUUAGUGAAGUAAACACAAGACAAAGAAGUAGAUCAAAAGAUAUGUGUACUUACAGUGAGUUUGUAGGAAGAAUAUUGCAGAAGAAGAGUAUAGAAAAGAGGUAGAGGUUGAAAGGUAUGUGUUUUAUAUGAAGGUGCAUGUUGUGGUGUUGCUUUUGGAACAAUAAUUCUUUGUAGGUGAAUAUUCCUUCACGAAUAUUUUUAUUUGCAACUUUAAAAUAACCACGACCUUAGAACCACCUUCCUUGGUUACUCCCUCCAAUCUACACAUUCUUCUUCCCUUUUGCGCCUUCACCUCUUCACUAGGACUUCAAGUAAGUUUAUUAUCUUGAUUCUAUAGCCAGAACUUCUGGCGAUCUUCUGCUAAUCACGUGUUUAGUAUGGCGAAACGCAAGGCACCUGAAGAACUCUCCACUAAUGUGAAUACUAUCAAAGCUCACCACCGCGUCUCCAACCUUACUGAAUAUGAGAAGGCUGUUCACUUAGCACUCAAGGCUGACCAUGCUGAUCUGAGCUACUACUUAAAGAAGUUAUAUAAGUCUGCAAAGUAUAUCGCUGCCUCUACUGAAGACAAGACAUGUCUACAGAAUGAAUUGAAGGUUGAGCGUAUUCGUGUUCGGACUGAGAAGGGUACCCAUGCAUCUUGCAUUGCGAAUCAGAAAGUCAAGAAUAUUAGCGCCUCUUCUUCUCCACAAGCCCCACCAUCUACUCCGCCCAAACAACUUCUGUCUGAGCUUGCUGCAUUUGAGGCGCGAGAUAUUUUAAAUGACGAGGCUGUUCUACCGGAUGAGCUUUCCGAUGAAGAGAUCACUAGCACCCAGGCUCUCUUAACUCAAGCGCACAUUGAUGCCCAUGAAGAGUCCAAUUUCCGCAAGUGGCAACAUUUCUGGGAUAGCUGUAUCCACUCAUAUACGAGAAAGGCUGGAAAGCUGAGAAAGAAGCCUGAGCGUCUCUUUGAGUAUAUGCCGUGGGUUGAUGUAGAGGAAGGCUUCAAAGAGGCGUUCUUACUUGUCUACUCUAAGAAGUUUGAUAAGGAAAAGUGGGCUAAGGUAUCAGCUGCACAGGAUAUGUUGUUCCUGGAGCUAGAGUAG